AUGAUAUUAUUAAUAAAAAUUUGUUUUAUUUUAAUAACAAUUUUUUCAAUCACAAAUAGUGAAUGCUUAAAUUUUGAAAAUGAAAAUAAAAAUCAAAGCAAUUAUUGUCGAAUAAAUAGAGCUAAUAGUUCCGAUGUAGAAGCUUAUCGAGAAUGUUUACAAUGUUUUAUUGAAUUUUCAUAUACAAAAUUAAUCGAUCAAACACUGAAUAGAAAUUGUAAUGAAGCUUUUGAAUGUAUUGAAUUUCAAUUUAAUAAUAAUACAUUAUUUGAAAAUUUCUUUUCUAAUUAUGUUUAUAUUUUUAAAAAUUUAUAUAACAAAUCACCGAAUUCAAAUUCAAAAAAUUCUUUAUAUAUUACGAUUACACAUAAUAAUUAUGAAGAAUUAAAUUUAACCUAUAUUAAAUCAAUAUUAAAAGCAAAUGAAACGGAUUAUCUAUUUUUAUCAUUUUCUUUAUAUAAUAAUGGAAAACAAAUUCUAUUAGAUUUUCAAACAGAUAAUUCGAGUAAACCUUUAGUUUCAAUUCGAAUAAUUAUUAUUUGUGAUGAUAAUAAUAAAAAUAUCUAUGAUAUUACUCAAGGUAUGACGCCUAUAAUAACAACAAAUAGUUGUGUGAUAAUAAAUAAAAAUAAUUCAAGAAAAAUAUCUACUACAAUUCAAACAUCAACACAAGAUUAUCUAUCAAAAACAAAUCUAUUUCUUUUUAUUGGCGGUAUUAUAGUCUUUUCAAUAUGGAUACUAUGUAUAUGUUUAUGUUUAUAUUUGAGAUACUAUAAAUCGAAGAAUGAUAAUAAUUUUAAUCAACGUUCAAGUAUUGUUUCAAGUAUGUUUAGUACAGAUACAUAUGAUACUCGACAAGAUGAUAUUUUAUUUUCUCAACAAAAAAAUCAAAAAUCAAAGCAAAUCGGACAGUAUGGUUUAUAUUCAUAUGAUAAUGAUUUUUGA